UAUGAAAGAAAGCAAGGGAAAGAGCACAAGAAGAAAGUCAACUAUACACUUGGCUCAUUUUGUAUUCCCAUUUAUAAGUCAACAAGCCGAAGGAAAAUGUAGCUUUGCAUUCCUUUUCUUUGAAAUUUCUAUAAAAAAGGGUUGCUUCUGGAUCUGUUCCUGAUCGCAAACCUGGGUUGCUUGAGAAAGAACACGGUGCUCAUGCUCAUUGAGAUUCAGAGUUGGCUGCGGCAGCCAAAGGUAUGGAGGUUUGUGUGUUUUAUUUCAUCUGUUGUUGGACUGCUCUGUUACGCUCUCAGCUCUUCUUUCAAUCAUAUGUUCGGUAAGUGGAGCUGGUGGAAGAUAUUACUCUAUAUUGUUUUUAGUUGUAUUAUCUGUAUUGCUGUCUUGUUUGCAAAGGCAUGGGAGUCCUCCAACUCUCUCCGGUUAGAAGCUCACACUGCUUUUUUGGUUUUGAUGAUCACUUCUGUAUACUCAUUUUUCGUUGAUAAAGUAGUGAAAGGGAAACCAGAUGCAUGUAGUCUGGUUUCCUGUGCUGCAUUUGCUAUUAUGUCUUUAUGUUUGUCAAGACUGUCUCGCUUCGGAUUUGAGGUUGAUCUCCUAUAUUUUUUCAGCAGUCUUCUAACUAUACAACUCAUGAAAAUAAAAGUAUGGUUAGUCUUUGUUGGAGGGUGUUUCAGUUAUUCCCUCAUUAAACUUCGUUCCACUUUGGACAGUCUACUAAUACAUGGGGAUCUUGUACUCCAAGUCAUAGAUCAAGACAUUGAAAGUGGUUCACUUUCAUCAGAAAUCAAUAGCAGUGCUUCUCAACUGGAUUCACCCCAAGCUAUUAUUACUAGUCCUGGUAAUGCUAAUGCACUAGCUGGUGCUACUCUAGAAAAUAAGGAUCUAGCAUUCCUAGUCGCUCAAGUCCGUUCAGAUUCACACCAAAGCAACAGCAACAGCAAUAGUCAUGGUGAUGAUAGGCAAUUUUAUCCUCUCCUACCUUUCAAUCACUCCAGCCUUAAAGACAAAAGUUGGAGACCAGAGAAAAUGAAUAGAGAAUGGGUGCAGCUGCGGGAGCAACGCGCAUCCUCUUUAAUUGAGCUUCUCGAGAAUCAAAUAGAGGUGCUUAAGAAGAAGAAUGGUAGCAUUAUUGGCGCAAUGUCCAAGCAUGUAGACCGAUGCCUUAAAACUAAUCUUGUUUAUGAUGACCAGAUUCCGGUGCCACAAAUAGAUCACGAUGACAACUUGGUGGUGGAUGCUUUGCAAUUUGAUGAUGACGACAAUAUUGUCGGUGACCUUGGUGCUACUGCGAGGCUGAUGGUGAUGGCAGGGAUUGAGGAGGAAUGCUGCAGAGUGUACUGUUGUUGGAGGAGGGAGUUUCUGAAUGAGAGUCUCUCCACAUUUGGAUUACAAGUGCAAGAUCUCAACAUGGAGGACAUUGACAACAAGGAGAAGAUUCAGUGUUCGAUAAAAGCUUUGAAUGUAUUUGUUAGGUUACUCUUUCCCAAUGAAAGGAGACUCUGUCAUCACAUCUUUGGAAAGUUCAUUUCCUCUGCAGAUUUUGCUUUCACGGAGGUUUGCAGGGAAUCUGCUACUCGUCUACUGAGCACUGCCGAUGCCUUGGCAAAUUCCUUCCGCAACACAUUUGAGGAGCUGAUGUAUGAGUUUGAAUUAGUGUUUUCUGGUGAGUACAGUAAAUCAAUAAAAAAGGAUGCGCGCAGUGUCCAGAGGAGUUUGGACAUUUUUAAAGAUUCAGAAAAUCUUCUUACUUGUGGAAGUGGUGGACUUCUUCCUAUUACACAUGAAUUGAUGAAGUACAUUAGUGAUAAUGCCAUAGAAACAAAAAGUCGCCUUAACCAAGCUUCACAGGGAAUGCUUUCACCUUCUGUGCAAGUAGCCAGAAUAGCAAGGCUGUUCGAGAGGAGUUUGAAAGCUAACUCAAAAAAUUACAAUAACCCUUCUUUGGGUUAUGUUUUCAUCCUGAACAAUCGGAGCUACAUAGACCGACAUGUGGAUCCGUACGGAUUGGGACCUAUUGGCUAUGAUUGGCUCCAAAAAAACAAAAGAAAAAUAGAAAAAAACUAUAAACUCUAUCUGACAAAGUCAUGGACUAAGAUUUUCAACUUUUUGAAGUUGGACAUCAAUGAGGCAGAGGCUAAUGUUGCGGUCAAGUUAAUGACAGACAAGCUCCGUUCCUUCAACCAACACUUUGAUGAUAUAUGCAACGAUCAGUCUACGUGGCUUGUCUUUGAUAAGCAGUUAAGGGAACAAAUAAUAAAAUCCAUAGAAAACAUCUUGUUGCUAGCAUAUGGAAACUUCAUUGGGAGGUUGCAGGAUCUUCUUGGUAAUCAUGCUAACGAGUACAUCAAGUAUGGAAUGAUUGACGUUCAAGAUCGACUCAACAAUUUGUUUCUUGUAAGGGAGUAGAUGAAUCCUACACUGGAAGAAAGGGAAAGAACACAGAGUUUGCAUAGAUUCUGAAUAAAAAAUAUAUAAUCUCACAGUUCCAACUUCCAAAGUAUGUAUACUCCUGCAAUAUACCAAUGUAUGUUUUGACACAAUCACGAAUGGAUGUUUCCUCUUUAUA